AUGAGAUAUACCGUCCUCUCCCUCAUCGGCGCCGCCACCCUCGCCACGGCCGCCAGCCUCCCGCACGCCGCGCGCGCCGACACCCUCCUUUACCCCUACCGCACGUACCGCUACUGGGUGCAAAGCGGCGUCUUCAAAGAAGACCCUCAGGACCAGCUCCUAGUCCUCAAGAACGGCAACCAAGCCGAAGAGACGACCACCAUCGUGACAUUCGACAUUUCCCCAGACCUCCAGGGCCGACGAUGCAAGCUCCUCUUUGACCUGUGGGAGCGAGACGUCUCGACUGGCUCGCAGCAGGCCGACGUGUUCACCGCGACGAAGCCGACGGGCGCGCAGGCCAAAGAGGACGGCGAGGUCAGCGUUCAGGCUGUCGCGGCUGCCUCGAAGGAGGUUGCUGAGGUGAUCGUGCAGUCCAGGGAUGAGCACAUUGGACGGAUCAAGGUCGCUGCUCCGGGCGUGGCCGAGUGGGUGAUGUCCUAUGAUGGAUAUCCUGAGUUUGAUUGCCCCGCUGGUGAGAUGGCUGGGUUUGAGUUCGUCGGGGUUAAUGAUCAGGUGGCGAUUCGGUGGGAUAUUGGGGUUACUGGACCUCGCGUGCAGGUUCUCUAG